AUGCUGUCUCUCGAGUUCAAACUCGUUGCUGACCUGGCUCGCCGCAGCAUGGUCAAGGAUGAGGCUGUGCUCAUCCACCUUAGCGAAAUUGCAACAUCAACAAUAGUAUCCAGCUUACCUUCCUCCGGUAAAAACAGCAUCCGGGGGCUAAGUGUAGGACAUGAAUAG